AAAGAGAGUGAGAGAGGACGAAUGUGGUUUGGGGUUUAAAUAUGAACCAGGCCCUUCCGAGAGGAGACGGAGAGAGAACUUUAAGCGACGCGGGACUCUUAGCUGCUGCAGAAUAAAAGCGGGCUUUCAUUUGCUGAUGUGUAUCUUGGAGUGAAUUUCGCCUUCCAGGGGAAAACACCGUAGAAGUACAACGAGAGAAAUGGAUAAAUAAAAAAGAAGAACUUUUUGUAAAUUGGUCAAUUCAAAUCAAAAACAAUAUUUUUUUUUUUUUUUUUUUUUUUUUAACGCGAAUCAUUUUCCUGAUGGUGAAAUGAGAAUUUAUACAAUCUGGACAUUGUGGAUCUGCGUAACUACCGCAGUCACUGAACAGUAUUAGUUCAUUAUUCAGUCUUCAUCAUUCAGUAUUAGACAUUAUAGCGAUGUCACAACUGGAUGCGUAGCGCUUAACUAGGCGACUUACAACCGAAACAGGUGUUGGAUUUGCCGUAGUGUUUGGGAUGAAUACACACCUGGUAUUUGAUAAAUAUUUUGAAAUUACAGUAGUCUAGGAAUGGAUUAAAUGAGGUAAGAAGGGAUAUAUUUGUUUAAAUAAAAAGCCUAUGAAUAUGCUGAAUACAGAUCAUAUUACAUUAGAAAAAAUAAUCUAAUACGGUUAAACGAAAUAAUCGAAUACUUAAAAAUUAUGUUAUAUAUUAGGCUAUCUAAAGAGUUACCAUAAGUUAUAUGUUCAGGCUGCAAUGACAAAUGAACUGUUUUUAUACAAUUAGGAAAACGUAUAGUUAAAAAAGCCCGGUUCAGCACUACAUUUGUUUACAGUAACGGCAUUUUCUUUUCAUUAGGUGACAUUGCAACAGCUAAGUUACGUAGUUCAUGUAUGGCAAUAAUGGAAUGCCACUGGAGCUGCAAUUAAAGGGAGCCCGAGGUAAUUAACGGGACUGGCGACACCCGUGGGUUUGCCUGCGUUAUGUCCAAAGUACAGAAUUCAUACAGCAAAACUGGGAAUUAAACUAGGAAAAAUAGGAGCGGAUCAGGAUCUCGACACGUGCAUAAAAUGGAGCCAAGUCGACUCUUCUUUCUCUUGAAGUCAGUAAUACUUCUGAAAGGCCUGUGCCACUGCUUCAACGUGGAUGUGAAGAGGCCCAGGAUCUUCAGCGGGCCGGACGGCGCCCUCUUCGGAUCCUCCGUGAUGCAGCAUGAAGCUGACGGUGAAAAGCUGAUGUUGGUUGGAGCUCCAUGGGAUGGACCAUCCAAUCACAGGAAGGGAGACAUCUACAAAUGCAUUGUGGGAGAUGAGAGGAGUUCAAACUGCACAAAACUCAACCUAGGGGAGGCAGCGCUGCAGAACGUCUCUCGGCACCUGAAGAAUGCCCACCUGGGCAUGACGCUGAGCCCAGACACUCCGGACGGCUUCCUGGCAUGCGCCCCCUUGUGGUCACAGGAGUGCGGGACGUCAGUAUUCAGCACAGGAAUCUGUGCCUCUGUCAGCGACAGCCUGGAGCCUCGAGAGACCAUCGCGCCCACUGCCCAGAGGUGUUCAACCUUCAUGGACAUCGUGAUCGUGCUGGAUGGCUCCAACAGUAUUUACCCCUGGUACGAGGUACAGAACUUUCUCAGCAACAUCCUGAGCAAGUUCCACAUCAGUCCAGACCAGAUGCAGGUGGGGGUGCUGCAGUAUGGUGAAGUCACCACGCACGAGUGGUCGCUAAAGGACUACCAGACAACACAGGAAGUGGUGGAGGCCGCCAAGAACAUCAGCCGGCAGGAGGGCCGUGAGACGCGCACGGCGUACGCCAUCCAUACCGGAUGCACCGAGGCCUUCAGUCCGGAGCGAGGUGCCAGGGAGGGGGCCACCAAGGUCAUGAUUGUGGUGACAGACGGGGAGUCACAUGACGGGGAGGAGCUUCCGGACGCCCUCGCCGAGUGUGAGAGCCGCAACAUCACUCGCUACGCCAUCGCGGUCCUGGGACACUACAUCCGCAGGCAGCAGGAUCCGGAGACCUUCAUCAAUGAGAUCAAGUACAUCGCCAGCGACCCCGACGAAAAGUAUUUCUUCAACGUGACGGACGAGGCAGCCCUCAACGACAUCGUGGAUGCUCUUGGAAACCGGAUCUUCAGCCUGGAAGGGACCCUUGGGUACAACGAGAGCUCCUUUAAGAUGGAGAUGUCCCAGAUUGGAUUUUCCACGCACCCCCUGGAUGACGGCAUCCUGUUCGGGAUGGUGGGGGCCUAUGACUGGGACGGAGGUGUGCUGAAAGAGGGCAGAUGGGGACGAGUCAUGCCCCCCCGGGAGGCCUUCGAGAAAGAGUUUCCCAUGGAGCUGAAGAACCAUGCCGCAUAUCUAGGAUACACCGUGUCUUCACUCACUCUGGCGAACGGAAGGAGGCUGUAUGUCGCUGGAGCUCCACGGUUCAAACACAAGGGCAAAGUGAUCUUGUUUGACCUGAGGCCCAACGGAGAUGUGAUUAUCUCCCAGGCUCUUAACGGAGAGCAGAUUGGCUCCUACUUCGGAAGUGAGGUAUGCGGACUGGACGUGGAUAAGGACGGAUUCACUGAUGUUCUGCUGGUGGCUGCCCCCAUGUUUCUUGGGGCAGGGAACAAGGAGGCUGGCAGGGUGUACAUAUACAACCGGAACAGGGUUUUGUUUACUGCCAACGGGACCCUCCAGUCUCAGCCCAAAGCCCAGGAUGCCAGGUUUGGUUAUGCCAUGGCAGCGGCCCCCGACCUCAACCAUGAUGGCCUAACAGACUUGCUGGUGGGUGCACCGCUCGAGGAUGGCCACCAGGGGGCACUGUAUGUUUACCAUGGCCAGGGGACAACCAUCAACCCGCAGUUCAAACAGCGUAUCCCUGGCUCCGCUCUCUCCCCAGGCCUCCAGUACUUUGGGUCCAGCUUGAGUGCCCGACUGGACUUGGACGGGGAUAAGCUGCUGGACCUGGCUGUGGGGGCUCAGGGAAACGCUGUUCUGCUCAGCUCACGCAGCAUCGUGCAGAUCACCGUUGAGCUGACCUUCUGGCCAUACUCCAUCAAUGUGAUCCACAAGAACUGCCAGAGGGGCAGCCGGGACUCCGCCUGCCUCAACGCCACUGCCUGCUUCCAGACCACCUCCCCAUCACCCGCCUCCCUGGGGACACUGUUCGAGCUAGAUGUGACGGCCUUGCUGGAUGACAGGAAGCUGUCAGCACGUGCCCUCUUCGACAGCAACUCGCAGCGCCAGAUGGCCACGGGGGUGAAAGCCCGUGUUGGGGACUCAGUCUGUCUCACGCUGCCCUUCCAUGUCUUUGACACAGCUGACUACAUCAGGCCCAUCAGCUUUACACUUCACUUCAAGAUCAAUGAUUCAGAAAUCAGCCCGGUCUUGGACGAAGGCUGGCCGACCACAGUCAAGAGCCUGAUCCCGUUCUUCAAGGACUGCGGUGAGGAUGACGUGUGUGUGACGGACCUGGUGCUACAUGCACGCAUGGACAUCUCAGGGACAAGGCAGGAACCGCACGUGAUCCGGAGCCCCCGUCGGCGCCUGGCGGUGGAGGUGACCCUGCAGAACCGUCUAGAAAAUGCCUACAACUCCAGCCUGACACUACAGUACUCGGCCAACCUACACUUCUCCACCCUCAGCGUCCGGGAAGACCCCCAGUUUAAGACUGAGUGCACAGCCCUCAGAACCGGUAGCCACUCCUGUAACAUCAGCUAUCCCGUCUUCCGCUCCCAGUCCAAGGUCAGCUUCCUGCUGGAGUUCGAGUUCAGUUGCACGUCUCUCCUCAACAAAGUGCAGAUAAAUCUCACCGCUGUAAGUGACAGCGUUGAGCACAAGGCCACGCUACACGACAACAGCAUUCAGUUGCACAGCCUGGUGAAGUACGAGCCAGACCUCUUCCUCACCAGUGACUCCAACCUGAACCGCUAUGAGGUCCACCCGACCCGCACAGCCUCAGAAGGUUUGGGGCCCAGGUUCCACACCAACUUCAGGGUGCUGAACCUGGGCUGCUUUUCCGUCCCAAACCUGGAGCUGAAGCUGCGUCUGCCCUCCGUCACAUCUGGAGACCGUCUCUUCAUGUCUGUGAUCAACGCAAGCUCCCAAAACGUGUCAGGGGUCAGCUGCACCAUCCAGAGCGACUUGGCCCAGCUGAAGGAGAAGCAGCGAGAUGUACGUCCCUUACACCCCGAGGACAUGCAGCAGUCAGAGCAGCUGAACUGCUCCAGGUCAUGGUGUGUCAUUGUAGUGUGCCAAAUCCAAGAACUCCUGCAUGGACAAGCAGCCGUGAUCCGGAUAACCAGGAUGGUGCAUGAUAGCUUCUUCAGAGAGGCCAAGUUCAGAGCAGUUAAGAUUGUGAGCACCUACAGCCUUGGGGUUCGGCAGUCCAGCUUCAUCACGUUGGGAAACAGCGCCCUCGUGAGGGAGACAAUGCUGGAGGUGCUGAAGGGCCGCUCCAUCCCCAUCUCUCUUUGGAUCCUCAUUGGCAGCAUCAUCGGGGGGCUCCUGCUGCUGGCCUUGAUUGUCUUCAUUCUGUGGAAGCUGGGAUUCUUCGCAAGGAAGCAGAGGGCCGAGGAGGAUCCCCAAGCACGCGACUGAGCUCAACCCCAGGAAAGAAACCCCACAGUGGUGCAACAACCAAGGUCCAGCUCUAGGGCAGCGCCAAGCACCGUUUCAUCCAGCCCAGUCAGGCUGCAUUUGGACAGCUCCAGACUGAAUUGUACAGUAAAUACAUACAUGUAUAUAUAUACAUAAAAAGUGAAGAAGUGUGAAACGUCAGUUUGGAUAACAGGGUCAAACAGAGCAAGCACAUGAUAUUAAUAUCAAAGGAGACCGACAUAUGUUGUUACUUUCUUGGUCGUCUUGUGGUUGAUUCAGAUCCAGUAUGAAAUUAUUGGAACGGUAAAUAUUAUUCAUACAUUUUAUUUCCAGAUAUGACUGUCAGACAGCAAAAAAAAAAGAUGCACCUGAAUGUAAAUCAAAUAUGCACUAAAUUAUCCAUAGUUAUGCCUCCAGAUGCAAUAAAAUAAACCGACAAACAUAUAAUGAAAGUAUUUAUUAUCAAAUCAUAGAACUCAAUCCUGUAAUUCCCUUUGACCUAACCACCAUUCAAAGGGGCCAAAAUGCAGAUAGAAUCUUAAUUACAUUAUAAUGUUUGCUGAAGAUAAGGACCAUUAAUAAAACUUAUGGCUGAGAAAAGAGUUACAGCAGUGUCUAGCAGGGUCUGGUGUCGCCCAGAGACACGGCCCAGGCUUCAUGCAGUCGUCAGUGUAGCCGUGUGUGCAGAGCGCCUCCCUGUGGCCUUCGCUCGCUUAGCGUGAAGCCAUCGUGGAACUGACAUAGGACUCCAGCAGGAAGAUGGUCUCAUCCACCUGGUUCUCACUGGAAUCCAGCCUGUGUACGCAGAGGAGAGCAAAGGAGUGAAGAGGAGGGAGUCUAUGACAGACGGCGAUAAUUAUCACCCAUUACCACUGACCUCGAUCCCUGCGGGAGGCACGCUGAUGAGGGAUCAUCCCCGCGCACUGCAGCGCCAUCAUCCCCGCGCACUGCAGCGCCAUCAUCCCCGCGCACUGCAGCGCCAUCAUCCCCGCGCACUGCAGCGCCAUCAUCCCCGCGCACUGCAGCGCCAUCAUCCCCGCGCACUGCAGCGCCAUCAUCCCCGCGCACUGCAGCACCAUUGUACCAUAUGUAACAUCUACUUUUAGUUUCCUUUUGGUUUCUGUGUUUUUUUUGUUUUUUUUUACAUUCUUUUAUUGUUAAUUUAAAGAUUUUUUAAAAAAAGUUUUUGUUCUAGCUAAAGUUCACAGCGUCGGCAGCAUGCUUCCCGAGUUUCUUACUGAUGCCUUUUCUGAUAUUCUGAUGUUGCUCACAUUAAUUAGAAGGAACAAUGCAUCACUAAUCAAAACCUGCAGUAUGUAAGUUUUAAUAUGCAAACAGAGGCACUGAAACUCACAGUGUAAAAGCUGAAAAAUGCCAUUAAACUAAGCAAUGUUUCUACAA